UGAAAUGUAAAUGCUGUAGUGCGGGAGGAGGGGGGUGGUGUACAACAACCCGCCCUCUUGAGAGCUACAACCUGGAGACCCUGCUGACGAACGGAGCUUAUUUCCCGUCACGCCAUUUUCUAUCGUCAACCCAAGAAGAGAAGAGCAGCCCGUGAAGCGCGGGUAAUCGAAACUGUGGAUAUCUCAAAAAAAGACUCAGUCAUGCAUCGUGACUGCCCUCUGGACUGCAAGGUCUAUGUUGGGAAUUUGGGCAACAACGGUAACAAGACUGAGCUAGAGAGGUCAUUUGGAUACUACGGCCCCCUCCGUAGUGUUUGGGUGGCCAGAAACCCCCCAGGCUUUGCCUUUGUAGAGUUUGAGGAUCCCAGAGAUGCAACUGAUGCAGUGCGUGAGCUCGACGGAAGGAAUUUGUGUGGCUGCCGGGUUAGAGUAGAGCUGUCAAAUGGUGAGAAGCGCAGCAGAGCCCGUGGUGCUCCCCCAUCAUGGAACAGGCGUCCACGAGACCGAGAUGACUACAGACGUCGUAGCCCACCACCUAGGCGAAGAUCCCCACGCAGGAGGAGCUUCAGCCGCAGCCGAAGCAGGUCUUUUUCCAGAGACAGGAGGAGGGAGAGGUCCCUGUCCCGGGACAGGAACCAUAAACCUUCAAGGUCAUUCUCACGAUCAAGGAGCCGCUCCAGGUCUGCAGACAGGAAGUAGAAUGUCUGUCAGGCGCAACGGGAGCUGAGAAUGAACGGUUCUACAGGAAUUGCCGUUUCAUAUGAUGGAUUUAAACUUGGCCAACAUGGUCAUUUUUGUGUUGAGUUUUUUAAACAAUCAAACAUUUUAGUGUCCCUCCCCCUUCUUGUUGCAGUACCUUUCAAAUACACGUGAGUGGGUGUGUACAGGUGUGAAGUCACAUCCAUCUCGUCUGUCCUGAAACAUUUGUGCCACCCAGCAUUCCAGUUCACCAGUUAAUCUCUUAAGAGCUUUUGGUUUGUUGAUGAAUGUACUGUGUAGUUUCAAUUAGUGUGAGUAGUUCCUCGUUUUUUUUAUUGUGUAAACGCCAGCAUUUUUUUUUUUUUUUUAAAGGAAGGGUUGGGAUGAUUUAUAACUAAUGUCCCUCCUAUUGAUUGUCAGUAAAACCAACCUAUUUUCAAUGUGCAACUUUCUUACUUCAUACUGAAGGUUUCUGUCAGUGUAUGAUUGGUUGGUUGUAAUUAAUGCACCAUGUAAUUCACAAUGCAAAACUUAAGCAUUGAGUUAAAAGAAGGUGUAGUGAACACAAACCUAUUUUGUCUUUGAAAGUUUUCUUUUUCUUUUGUUUGAUACUAUGUGAAAUGGUCUCAAUUAAAAAUACUGGUUGAUCAAAA